AUGUUAAAAUGUCAAGUCAUUCGAAUUCGCAGUGGUCGACACUUUCCCAUGAGAGGUCUUGACAGUGAACGAGCUUACUUGGGCAGGUUCUCGCAGCCUUUGCAACUAUUUAUGCCGACUGGUCCAGAAAACCGGCGUCUGCGCUCCCCCGUCAUAACAGAAGCUUCUGAAAAAGUUAUUACACAAUAUGUCAGAUUAAUUUACUUGUUUGUACACUUGGAAAAAUCACACCACAAGGAGAUGCAAUUUCGGGGUCGAAAUCUCUCGGAGUUAUCCGGCCCCCACCUCUCUCCGGAUGACUCUGUUACCCCGGAUGAAGGCUACCGCACAGCUAAUCAUCAUUUGCCCUCGAUUCCCCAGGGGAAGGAGCUUAUCAUUCCAGUUAAUGCACCACCUUGUUACCUUCACACUACGGAUGUUGAUGCUACUACUGUAUUCACUGAGUUCUGUGCACGUCAAACCGCCCGCUUAGGUAGUAGCGGUGAGGCUUUCAGUACAACAGUGGAGGUGAAAGAACAACUUAUCACGGUAAGGGAAACAAAACGACGACCUUCUUGCAGUUCAAAAGGAAGCGUCACGACAUCGACCGACGCAAGUGAGGCAACAUCCAUGGAUCUCUCAAACUCCAGUAGCAGUAGCAGCAGUAGCACUGCCACAACAAUAACCACCACACCGACAACAACCUCGUCCUCUGCGAAAUCUGCCGCUUCCUCCACCAAACAGCGGUGUCUCAGCGAGGUGUCACCCCAGCCAACGUCAACGGCUAAUCCGACUGUCUUGCAGAGAUUCAACUUUUCGCCGAAACCUCAUGGAUUCUUUGGAAGGCUUCGGCUGUUUUCGCACAACAGUGUUUUGAAGGCCUCAAAUGAUGCCUGGAUGGAGACUUGGGUGCUAGCCAGGCGUCCACGUGGAAGGGAAGUGAUCAGCACUUCGUCAGUGGCAUCAAAGGACUUAGAACUGACAUGUCUCCUCUUAGAGUCAUUGACCUUCAAAGAUUUAAAUGCGGUGAUUACAAAAGACUUCGACGAAAUUAAAAUAUGUUGCCUAGUGAAAAGAGACAACGGCUGUGGUUCAAAUUUUCACGAAUUUGAAGAAUGUAAAGCGCCAUACUGGAACCUUCAUGAAGCUUUGGAAUACUGCGAGCUCAAAUUCGUUGGACGCCAACUACAUCCACGGCCUCGAGGACCACUGAUUCCUUUUAAAUCACCAAAAUCCGACAGUAGUUUAAUCUUCAAGGCCAAGGGCAUCGACUGCCUUGAAUAUGCAAAAUUCCACUAUCAACUUUUCCUGUUAGGAGUUAAUAAUAAGCCCAAGGGUGUUGAUCGAAAGUGUCCAUCAAUUCCAGGGGUUUUGGUCGUCCAGAAUCUUUCAAAAUCGACCAAGACGUCAAAUCGUAGAUCCUUGGCAGAAAAAUGA